GCGUCGCGGACUCAGACGUCUUUGAGUGCAGCACAGAGCAACAUCCAGCGAUUGAUUUCACUCUUGUUUCAUUGCACUGCUCUGCCUUGCCCAGGAUGUGGCUUUGUCUGUUAAACCGUGAUGUUUGUGGUGAAUGAAUGGCAGUGGCUCUGAAUUGGAUAGACUUUGGCGUGUUGGACUCUUUAGACAAGAACAGAGGAUAUGGAUGCAGGACAGUAAACUUCAGAACCUGAGCCGCAAAGAUGCAGCACACCUCGUGUACAGAGGACAGGAUCCAGCAUGCUCUGGACAGGUGUCUGAACGGGCUGAGACAAAGCCCCACAGCAGAACAACACUGGAACGUGGUGAUGUGCUCGGCGGGUCAGUCAAUGAACCGCUGGAGCCUGGAAGAGUUGGUGAAGAGGGACCCAGAGAACUUCCUCAUCCUCUUGCAACAGAUUAUCAGAAAGACCAAAGAGGUUCAGGAGCAGUGUCAGUACGAGCUGGUGACUCCCCUCGCUAUCAUGUUCUCCUCCACACUGCUUCAGACACCGUACUGUCCUCCAGACACAGAGCUGCUGGAGGAGGCUAUCAAGGUGUUUCGUUGCUUCCUCACCUGGCCUGAGCCUUACUGCAUUGUGUGUAGGAACCUCCUCUCCACACUACAGCUGGAGAUCAAGGCCCCAGGGAUUUCCUUUCAGAGACUAGUGAGAGAAGAGCAGGGCCUCAACACCUCCAGCCAGUGCUCCAAGACCAUGACUGUGCUGCUGAUGAACCCGGGUGAGGUUCCCGCUGACUUUCUCUCAGUGGCUGAGCAACUCACUCGCAUUCAGCACUCACAGCAAGAGACCUACAUCACCCUGAUUAAACACGCCUUCCAGUCCACACUAAGCACCAAGUACCCUCUCCAUAGCAUCCACAGAGCCCUGCAGGCAAAGAGCGUGAAUGAAUUAGGGGAGAUCUUCUCUGCAGUAAGCAAUGUCUUAGAGGCGGCUGCUGCCAUGAGUGACCCUCUGAAGGGCCGCAGUCAUGUGAUCCAGAAACUAGAGGAACUAAGGGAGAGGCUGAGAAUCCCUGCAUCCAAUGGAAGAAAGUCUGAUGGAAUGCUACAGACACUACCGCUCCCUACAGCCAAGUGUUACAUGUUUCACUGGGAAAAAGACAACUUUGAUGUUCUGAACACCCUUUUGGAGCACGAUCCUGACAAACUGGACAGUAAUGGGCAAGCUGAGGAGGAUGAGGAGGGGGUUGAGAUUGAUGAUGAUGAUGAUCUUGAAGAAGAGGACGAAGAAGACAAAGAAGAGGAGGAACACAGCGUAGGACUGCCUUCAGAGCCUAAUGUCUGCAGCAACAACCAUCGCGCCUCUACUUUCUCGACCAUUUCGUCCGUGUCCACCGCCUCCAAAGACUCCAUGUUCUCCACCUUGUCUGUAGCCUCAGAGUCCUACGCUUCAUCCCUCUUCUCUGUCACUUCUGGAGCUGAUAGUGACUACUUUGAUGAUUCCGAUGACUAUAUCAGUUCUUCUCCCGUUGCUGAAAAAUAUUCACCAAAGUCUGCUAAAGCUUCGGCUCGGCUCAGCCAGCACAUUUACCGGCUCUUCAUAAAACCCAGGAGCCCUCGGUCACUGUCUCGUGCCAAAAGCUUAGGUAACACAGAAUCAAAAGAGCUUUUGGUGGUGCGAGAGCAACGCUCCAACUCUCUACCCCAGCAAGUCCUCUUACGUAGUGAACCCCUAAACCCACAAAGUCAGACUCUCAGACAUGUUUGCUUCCGAAGGAGGCCUAUUCUCAGCAGUGAUGAGGACAGUAAGAAUAUUACAUUGAGGGUGGUGGUGUUUGGUGCUGAUCAUGUAGCAGGGAAGGUGGCGCGGGCCUACAAUAGCCUGAAAAGAAAGGAGAAUGCAUGUCCACGUCUCAGCAGGGCCUUCAAGCUUCAGUUCUACUUUGUGCCUGUGAAGAGGGACUCAGCAGCAGGGCCGGGGAGUCUGAAGGGUCCCAGUCAUAUGUUUCAAACUGGAAGUCCAAAAGGAACAGCCUUGUCUAAACAGGAUGGGGACAGUACAAACGACAUUGCCCAUCUCCUUGGUAUGUUGGACCCUUGGUACGAAAGAAACACCCUUACCCUGCUUGACUUGCCUACCAACGUCGUCUGCCAGCAAACCUCAAAGACGGAGUCAGACUCGUAUGAUGGUUCAUAUGAGCACCGUCUACCCAUCCUGGCUGACUUGGUCCUGUAUUACUGCCGUAACGCUGCCCGGCCAGCUCUGAUCCAGCUCUAUCAGGCUGAGUUGACGUUAGCUUGUGGAGAGAGGAGGACCGAGGUGUUCGUCCACUCCCUAGAGUUGGGUCACACCGCAGGAACACGAGCCAUCAAGGCCAUGGGUGCUGCCAGUAAACGCUUUGGUAUCGACGGUGACAGAGAAGCAGUGCCGUUAAUGUUGGAUGUGGUAUACAACAGGGUGGUGAUUAGUGGGAGAAGCCAGAGGAAAAAAGAAAGCAAAGUCUGUACUUCAAUAAACUUAACCAAAGCGUGUAAGAAUCCCGAGGAACUAGACUCAAAGAUGGAGUGCCUGCAGCUCACGAUGACUGAGGUCCUGAAGAGACAGAACGGUAAAAGCAAGAAGGGCUACAACCAGCAGCUGAGCGUGACAGAGGUGAAGGUGGACAAAGUGCAAGUCAGCGGUGCUGGAAACACAACCUUUGCUGUAUGUCUGGACCAAGAUGAGAAAAAAAUACUGCAAAGUGUCACGAGGUGUGAAAUAUCAGUAUGCUCUAAAUCUGACAGCACCUCUGACUGGAAGCUAAAAAAAGCCCGGGUCUCGGCCCAAAUCCAGCCUCUCAACCCGACCUUCUGCUCCCUUCUCUGCCUGCCCAUAGUCACUUUCAGUGGGGCUCUUCCCUGAGACUGCUGGCCUCUGGUUCGGGUGGUUUGAAAGGAAAGACUGUGCAUGUUGUACGAGCUUCAUAUGCUCUGAAUGACUGAAUGACUGACCGCAGUGGAAAUGUACACAGGACGUGUUUUUUUCAUUUCUGCCUGGUGCUUUGAAGCUGCCGCGGUCAAGUUCACAUGUUGAUGGGCUCACAUGUCAGUGGCACACAACUGUUGGAAAACAGAAGGACUUAAGCAGGAAAGGUGAUCAGGAAACUGCAGACCGGGCUGGCCUGUGAUCGUUGACACAUACCAAAGGACCCAAGAAACAAAGAUGACUGGAGAUACAGUAGCUCUAAUGAUGCUGAGUUCAGCUUUCUCUGCACAAAGCAUUUAUUCACUGCUGUGUAGGCAACUGUUUCAUUCUUCAGGUUUCAGUUCUUCUUUUCCUCUUGGCAGAGAAGUGACCUUACCCACAAUAACAGCAGAAUGUAAACUAGUCACACAGGGUGAAUCUGCAGAGGCUCAGGCGGGAUGGCAUCCAAACUGGCAAGACAAAUAUGUUGUAAUAAGCAGAGAGAUGGGAUGUUAAAAUUUCAGAACUCUUUCUCUACAUGAACAUGGAGGACCUCAGGACAGACUGGACUAUGUAAUGGCUCCAUUAGGAGAGAUCAUCAGACUAUGGACACUAUGGAUACAAUUUGUAAAUACUAUGUUUAUGAAAUAUUGUAUUGCAUAAUAUAACUUGUUGUGUGUCUGUUAUGAAUGGGCUUUUAGUGAUAACGUUUCUCCUAAGGAGUUAUAAUGAAGCCACUGUUUUAACUGAAAUUAUAAAUAUGAGCAGCAGGGGGCUCUAUUGAUAUUCAAUUUGACUUCAGUUGAAGUAAAGAUUACUUUAACAAUCUAGAGUUUGUGAUAUUUUUGUAAUGACUAUAAUGUAGCUCAAUGUGUAAACAAUAUUUUUACUUUUUUAAAAGUUGCUAUUUUGGUGCUACAAAUACAUUCAAAUGCACAUCUCCCUGAUUCACUGCACUUCGCAUACUGUGAGCUUUAUACUGUAUGCAUACUGUAACAAUGACAUUUUUAAAAGGUGUGUUUUUGUUUUGUUAAUGUAAAGGGAAAAUAUCCUGAUCACCUGACUGAGACUGAAAUAGGACUGCAUAUAAACUAAUAUGGAAUAGAAGCACUUGAAUAUCUGAAUGAAUGAAUUAUAGGAAAAUUAAGGUACUUUAUCACUGCUCUCUCCCUACAUGCCUUCUCUGGUGGAAAUAUUGCAAACGCAAUAUUCAAUUUAUAAUUGUAUGUCAAUCAUCUACACAAUGGAUACAUCUCAAAUUCAAUAUACAUUAAAAUAUGUUUCUACAAGAUUAAAUUUCA